AGAAAAAGAUAACGUUAUCUACCUGAAUUUAGACUACCUUGCGAUAAACAAUAUAAGUGAAACGGGGCGUUGGUCGCGUCACUUUGUUUAAAUCUAUCAAAGGUAACCAAAGUAAUUACCACUGCUUCGUAACCAGACGAGCUUGUUUAGGGGAGAGGGUAGUCUAAAGCAAAACAGGACCACGGCUGAUGGCGGAAGGGACUGCCCCACAGUCCUGCAUGUUGGGCGUGUAGUCAGUUGGGACCUCGUCUUCAACAUUAACAGCCGUUAUCCUCUUUGUAAAUAUCUACCAGUUCUGAAAAGAUGACAGAUGCUGAACAACCGAAACCAGCGGAGGAUUUUUUCUUUAAGGGGAAAAGAUUGGAUUGCAAAAACAAGAUUUUCGGUAAAGGUUUUUUCUUGUUUGACGGAUAUUGGAAGGAAAAUGAAAAUGCAGGUGCUGAAAAGGAACGCGUGAAAUCGAAGACUUCUAAUCUAAAAAAAGAAACUGCGAUAAGAAGAAUUAAAAAUGAAGACUGCCUUGAUGGGUGGAAAGACGUGGCCGAUAAGCUCGUCAAGGGCAACCUGAAUCACAAUAAUAUCCUACGAGUUUUCGGUUAUGAGGAAGACGUAGCCAAUGGAUGGAGGUAUUUUGCUCUGGAACCGUACAGUGCCACUUUAUACGAAUAUUGCAAUGGCCGGUACAAUGGACCGAUGCCAAAUGAAUCGCAAGUUCUUUAUCAAAUAACCAACGGCGUCAGCUACCUGCAUCUCAACGCUAUUGUACAUGGCGAUUUAAAUCCAUUAAACGUCGUCAUUACUGCCCAGUCGCGUCCUGUGCGCAUGAAAAUUUCAGAUUUUGGAUUGAGCAAAUUCAGUUAUAGCAAACAGCUGUUGGAAAAAGGAGAAAUUUUUAACUCUGGAAGGAAACUCUGUUUGAGAAAGUAUUGGACACUGUCAGAGGAAACUGACUCGCUGGAAGGCAUCGAAGAUGCCACCGAAGAUGUCAUUGCAGCUGGAUGCAUUUUGUUUUAUUAUCUAACCCGUGGCGACCACCUUUUUGGUUAUGUUAAGAGAAUUAAUCCAUUAGAAACCCUUUUUGGCUUAAACCUUUUUGGUGAUGACUUGAUUUUAGAGUCAAUCUUGAUAAACCUAAAGGAAAAGAAUCCAGUCUAUUUAAAAAGAUUGGGUGAAAAUCACUUUGCGUACGAGCCCAUCAAAAAUAUGAUAAAUCCCCCAGGAAAAGGAUUCAAUUGGUUGCACAUAGCCAAUGAGAAAUUUAAAGAAGCACUUUCACUCCAAGUCAACACCAACAAACUACUUCGUAGUGGACCUUUUGGACAAGUGUUCGAGGGGAAAUUUAACGGCGAUCCCGUUGCAGUCAAACAAAUGCCGACGACAACAGCUGAAAUUAUUCAAAUAAAAAUGAAUACGCACAUAGAAUUGAAUCACGUCAACGUAGUGAAACUCUUUGACGUCGCUGAUUCGGCCGACAAUAGAUUCACGUAUCUGGUUUUGGAAUUGUGUUCCGGGACAUUGACGGAUUAUUGCGAAAAGAAAUACAGCGGACCGAAAUUGCCACCAGACGAAUUGGUCCUUUAUCAAAUCGCCAAUGGAUUGCAUUACAUCCACUCGAGAGAUUUGGUGCAUCGCGAUAUUAAACCGGAAAACAUCCUUAUUUCAAUGAAGACGCCCGUUCAGAUGAAAAUCUCUGAUUUGUCAUUUGUUAAGAAAACACGCCAAGGUAUUUUUUCUCAGAGCGAAAGUAGAGGAACUCUUCGGUGGAUGGCACCUGAGAUACUUAAGGUCAAUAAUAACAAGCCUGCCGAGCUCCCAGAUGGAACAAUCAAAAGUGACACGUUUUCAUCCGGAUGUGUUUUUUUCUAUUUCCUGACGCGUGGUAAACAUCCAUUCGGAAAUAAAGACACUUUCAAAGACAAUAUUUUAAAAGGAAAUCCGAUAGAAUUCGUCAAGUACAAGCAAAAUUUGGCGGCAGACGACGUAAACGGAGAAAUCCUUGCUGGUUUGAUUGAAAAAAUGAUUCAAUUUGAAGAAAAAGAAAGAAUCGGAUUGCCUGAGGUCAUAAAAGAACUAGCCGCUGUAUUGUACGGGAUGGACAAAAGCAAAUGUCAAUUGAGGCUCGUUGAAGCGUCGUUAGGUGGGAAGUACAUGAUCCGUUCCCACCCUACUGAACUGAUUCUUGCAUGUGCCAAUGAGGAAAAGUUAAUAUUUUACACUGCCGAAAAUUUUGCUAUUCCGUUUUCCAAUUGGAGAAAGAAGAAAGAAGUCAUAUUUCAACAUCUAAACUUUUGGAGUCUUAAAUCGCUUGAGUGGAAUAUUAACGGGACCCAACUAGCUGCUGGAUUCGAUGACGAUUGGAAGAACCCAACUCUCGUCGUAUGGAGUUACCCAGAGUGCAAAAUCCUCUUUCAAGAGAAAUUUGAUGAGCGUAUCGAAAAAAUAAAUUGGAAUCCAACCAGGCCCAACUUAUUUGCUGGAUGGGAUUCGUUGCCUGGACAAGCUGUCUUAUGUGAUUCAUCCAUUGGCGACGUGAUCACCACAAUUGACUGUGAAGACGUUACGGCUGUGAAGUGGAUCUCUGAAAAUCGAAUCGCCUUCUCUUUUUUUGAUGGAAAGAUCAAAAUUUUUGAAAUGGAGGAAAACAAUUUGACAACAACUCGACCCGUGAAAAAAUUCAAACAUGGAGAACGUUGUGAUUAUCUGGAGUGGAAUGAAAGGACCCAAUAUUUGGCCAGUUGUGGUGACAAGCGGAUCAAUAUUUGGUCUAUGCACCACGACAGGCCAAUUUAUAGCCUGGAGAUUCCUCUACAGAUCCUCAGGGGAAAAUUUGCUUGGCGCUUGUGCACAGGAAAUAGGGAAGAAAUGGGCGGAAUCGAAAUGGCAAGGAAAUCAGCCAAAAACUUCACUUUUGCUUAUGCAUCGAGAGGCAAAGGCGUUUUUAUUUGGAAUCCUCUGGAAAGCGAACAACAGCAGCGAAGUCUUUCCGAAGAUACAGACAUACAAAGGGUCGCCUUUUCAUCGGACGGUCAAUUUCUUGUAGCCGAGGGCAAAAAGAAAUUAAUGAUUUGGUCAGCGGAGGACUGGGUACAAAUAUACAAAGUCAACAUGGAUAUAAAAAAUAUCCUAAUUAAUAUAUCAUUUUUUACCAAAAAAUCUACAAACCUUUACGAGAAUAGACUUAUAGUCAAUUAUAAGAUUGCGGGCAGCAGCUUAUUUGAAUUCGCGUUCGAAGAAAGUAACAUUUCUGAUUCGGCCAGUGCAAUACCAACAGAAUCCGAUGAGGAUGUCAUGAACCUUACGUGAUAGAAGACGUGGUCCUUUUAAACGACUAAAGGCGCUAAUCUUCUAAACAGAACCAAGUGAAGAAAAUUUAGUCCUGCAAAAAAAAAAAAAAAAUGUAACUAAAAAAAACUAACUUGAAUGAUAUUUUUAUCCAAAUGUAGUUUGACUUUUUUAAACUAUAGAUGUUAGAUUAAUAAAUCUGAUUGUUUCACUGGA